AUGGGGGUUGACAACCACAAGCCCUACAAAACCAGUCUCAACAACAAAUGGACUGCCAGUCUCGUCGACAAAAAGCUCUGCGUUCGCGUCUUCAGGGUGGCGAAACACUACAUCGGCGCGGUCUUCUACGAGGAAGCCAUCAACGGUACCGAAGUCGACCACGACACAUGUACCCCCCUUCAACUCGACGAGAACUACGUUGCUUGUCCCAUCGACCACAGCGAAGAGCUCAUCUGUAUCCUCCAAAGCCAUGAGAACCAAUUUGACACCAACAACGGCACUGCCGGCGACGACUUCUUCACUGUCGUCGACGAAAGAUCCCUUCCCAUCAUCUACUACCAAGAACCCAAGCCGCAUAUCUUCAUCAACUGGUUCUAUCACAACUACGCCAUCAGUCAGUCUCUCGUCAACUUUGUCCAGUGUAACUUCUUCGUCAUCAACAGAGUCCGAAGGCCCCCCAUCAUCUGCUUCGGCUGUUUCCCGGGCAUUCAGUUCCCUCCAAAGUUCAAACUCACACUCAAGGUCCCCGAGUUCUGCAUCAAAAUCUUCUUCAUUGAGAUUGGCAACUGCGACAAGGGCGGAGACGACGAGGGUGGUGAUGACAACGAGGAUGACAAUAAUGAUGAUAAAAAGAAUGACGAUGACAAGAAGGACGACAAGACAGAGACAGACGAGAAAUCCACGUCGACGUCAACCUCAUCUUGCACGACGACCGUCACAGCAACCCGCCAAAGUGUCUUUUGCUCCGUCACAGUCACUUCCAUCACCAGUGCGGAUUUAGAGAAGCGUGGGCAGACGGUCGACGGUGAAUGGCCCGACCCGGAAGACUACGAAGGGGACCGUAGCAAGUUCAUGGUCGCCCAGAUGGCAGAGAUCAGAGACUGGCAGAUGGUUGGGAGACAUCGCGGCCCUGAUGUCAACGGUCUUUACGAGCCUCAGUACGUCCAGCAUGGCGCCGCAGCCAUCGUCGGCCCCCAGUUCGGCGGCAUGGUCACGUCCAAGUAUAUUCUUUUUGGCAAGGACGUUGCGUCAAUUGCGCUUGAGAAACUGUACGGAUGCACGUCCAUUAUCGUCGUAUCGCAGCGCGGCGCAUUUGUGAGCCACAUUUGGGAGCCGCAGUUCGCGGAUGAAGACGAGUGGAAAUUCACCGUGGAAGACGACAACAGCGAGCUGUGGAAAGGGCUCCAUUCGGCGGGUCAGAUGAGCCGCUGGCGCAGGGUGGUGGAUUUUGCGAGGUACGGCUUGACGGAUCUAGUUGGCAAGGAGCGCCUCGGGCCACCGGGCACUAUGUUUGGCGACGUGGCGAUACCGGACGACGAUGACAGGGACAAGAAGAGCUCCGAAGACCUCAACACCCGCGCCUUCAUUCUCACGCCCCGCGAGACGCCGCAGCGAAUGGUGGAUUCUGAUGACGGUACUGAUAUCAAGUUCCUCCCAGACGAGAUUCUCAUUCCUGACCCGAUUAACGCAAUGGAUGGCACGAUCGCGUACAAGGAUCAGGUUGAAUUCAUGAAAAGCAUGGUCAGCUCCUUGUACGGCGACAUUGACGUCGAGGUUAUCACGUAUUCACCGCCUCUGGGGACGCUGCAGAUGGCGAUCGAUCGCUAUGACCGAUUCGUGAAGAGAGGCUAUAAAGAUGCUGAAGGGGAAGAGUUUUACCAAGGGAUUUUAGAAAAUGACAGGUACCAGAGUGAAGUCUUUGGGCCCACGCCGCGGGGGAAGCUACUUCUCCAAUACCAACCCGCAGACGCAGAGGACUGCAGAGACCAGGCGGCGUGGCGUCUAUGGAUCGAAGACCGCGAGUUAGGGGACCGAAGCGACCAGUGGAAGGCGUCCGAAGACCAAACCUUCGUGGCUCCGAAGGAUGACGAGUCAAGCGACGGCGAGGGAGCUGGCAGUGGAAGUGACGGUAGUCCUGUCAAAUUACGACCCAGGCGGAACAAGGUCAAGGCGUGUCCCGUCCACUUCAAACAACUAUGCAGACCCGGGAAAUGCGGCGGCAGUGGCGGGUCCUCCUGUCCACGACCACAAAAGAGAACAGCGGCGGAAGAGAUAUUGCUCGCACACCGGUCGUUGGAACUGGCCAAACGCGGCUUGCCGGGUCACGGGUUCUGGUACGACCCAGAUGAGGACUAUACACCCGAAAACCGCGCCGAAUUUCUUCCCGAGCAAGUAAAUCAAAUCGGUGAGUGGCACGCCAUCAAGGACGAAAUUGGGCUUGAUAUCAGAGGCGGAUAUAUGCCGGAAUACGUGUCCCACGGCGACGCAGAUGUUGUCGGCGAAGAAAUGGGUGGCACAAUGACGUCGAGUUACAUACGCUUCGGCAAAGACGUGGGAGCAAUCGCGCUCGAGGGACUCUACGGCUGCACAUCCAUCGUUAUAGUCUCACAGCGUGGCGCAUGGGUCAGCCACAUCUGGGAAGAGCAGCUAGGAGACGAGAAGUCAUGGGCCCUCCUGAGGGGAAAGCUUGGCCCGCUGCGUAAGGGAUAUCACGACAAAGCGCCACACGACUGGGAAUACUCCGCGCGCGAUUUUAUGAUGUACGGUCUGGAAGACAUGAUCAUGAAGCCGGAUCUCGGGCCUGAGGGCGUCUUGUUUGGAGACAUGAACGAGAACGGGGACGACCCGGACCAGAAGACGCCUCAAGACAUCAGCGUGCGCGCUUUCAUCUUUAACCCGAAACAAAGGCCAGAAAGGCGGGUUGGGAAAGAGCUUAUCCCCGACGAGGAGCUCGUGUUCCCGGGAAAUCUCGCGUAUGAGCCGCAGGUCAACGGUUUGACAAGCAUCAUUUCUGAUAUCUUUGGAGAAAUUCCUAUUGAGGUGGUCGGAUAUCAGCCGUCCAAUAUCCCUUCCGAUCUGUUCAAAUCUUGGGACAGAAGGACGAUUGAGAAAGACAGAGAACGUGGAGGGAGACCGGCGACAAAGGAAGAGGAUCAGGAAUGGUGGGCUGAGAUGGAAGCGGAGGCGGGCGCCUGGCAGAAAAGGUUCUUGGCUAAAAGCACGCGGGGGAAGCUGCUUCUUCGGUACCAGCCGGCGGAUCCAGAGGUCUGCAGAGAGGAGGCUACAUGGCGUCUGUGGAUUGAGGACCACGAGGUCGGAGAUCGAAGCGACCAGUGGAUCGCGUCCGUGGACCAGACUUUCGUGUGGAAUAGUGGUCCAAGUAACAGCAAGAGAAGUAGCAAUGGGAGUGACCAUACUCCCGACACACUCCGAUCCAGGCAGAACAAGGUCAAGGCAUGUCCCGCCUACCAAGAAGAGCGGUGCGAAGUCUCUGACUGCGGCGAUGCCUGUCCAGUCAUCUUGUGGAAAGACGUGGAGAAACCGACCUGGAUGACCAAGCGCGGCAUGCCAGUGGAGGGCGACUGGCCGGACCCGGAAGACUACCCCGAGGGCCGCCGGGACCGGUUCCUCAUUAACGAGUUCCAGAUCAUCACAACCUGGGACCCGAGCCCGAACAACCAAGACCUCGAGUUCUUUGGCGGGUACGAUCCGGUCUGGGUCCGGCACGGCCAACCGGAGCAUGUGGGAGUGGAGAUGGCAGGCAUGACGACAUCUAACCACGUCCGCUUCGACUCGCAGGUCGCGGCCAUCACUCUUGGGGGUCUAUACGGCUGCACGGCGGUGGUUGUGGUAUCCCAGCGCGGGGCGUGGGUGAGCCACAUCUGGGAGAACCAAAUCUACACCCCAAAAGAGUUCACGUUCCUGGUGAAUGAUAUGCUGCCUAGAGGAAUCGCCCCCGGAGAGCCUGGCGAGGAGUGGAUGAAGUUCGGGAUGAACACGAUGGUGGAGAAUCCAGACCGUGCUCCUGAGGGUGUGAUGUUCGGUGAUGUCAAGGAGAAGGACGACAAUACGAAACACGACGCAAAGUCGACCCAGGACAUUGGCACUCGCGCCUACAUCAUAGCUCCCCGCGUGCGAGCCGAGCGGUUCCGCAACGGCCAGCUCGUCCCCGAGUCCGAAUUCUUGAACGACCUGAACCACAACGUGGGCCAGAUACGGUACCCGAGCCAGGUGGGCAAACUCAAACAGAUCGUACGAGAUAGCUGGGGCGACAUCCCCGUGGAGACCCUCGACUACUCGCCCCAAUCGCUGCCGAACCGCAUAGUUGAGAAGUACGAGACGCUCCGGAUGGAGAGGGUCCGAGCAGGAAGGCAGGAGACGCCGGAAGAAGCGAGUGCGAGACGGAAGGAGUGUCGUGGGUUCCAGGAAAAUGUCGCGAGGACAUCUGUCCGCGGGAAGCUGCUCAUCCAGUACCACCCGGCCAAGACUUGUAACUACAUGGCCAGCUGGAGGCUGUGGUGGGAGAACCGCGAGAUCGGCAACAAGUACGACAGUUGGGUUCCCGAGUCGAAUCAGAUCUUCCAGAGUAAGAAUGCGCCGAGGCAGGUCUACCAAAGGGGCUUCUUCGCGGACGCAGAAGCCGACUGGAUCUCUCGCUGCGACUCGAAGUGCUGGUUCCAACUCAAUGCGGCCGGGGAUGACGGGAACGGGUUCACCGCCUCGAGUCACGACAACCGGUAG